AUGCUCCUCAAUGCGGGUGCCGACGUCAACGCCCAGGGUAGCUACUACGGCGGCGCGCUAUACGCAGCUGUAGUAGGAGGCUACGAGGAGGUAGUCAAGAUACUCCUUAACGCGGGCGCCAAAAUUGACGUCCAGGGUAGCCAGUAUAAUAGCGCGCUAUACGAAGCCUCAGUAAGAGGUUACGAGCAGAUAGUCAAGAUAUUACUCAAUGCGGGCGCCGACAUUAACGCGCAGAGUACAUUCCAUAGCAACGCGCUACAAGCAGCUUCAACAGAAGGCCACGAGCGUAUAGUCAGAAUACUGCUCAAUAAAGGUGCCGAUGUUAACGCCCAAUGUAAACCCUACGACAGCGCGCUAUACGAAGCUUCA